AUGGCUGCUGUGAUGUGUCUUGAGCGUCAGGAAGUGUUACUUAAGAAAUAUACCGGUAACUUUAUUACCUAUGAUUUUAAAGAUAUUGCUGAAUUAGAAGAACUCGAGUGUCGUGAAAAGGAUGAACUGGAUCGGCUCGAGAAGGAAUAUGUUGAUGCUGAUUGUUCCGAAAAUGAAUGUAAAGCUAAGACUGCUUUGGCUGUUGGAGAGUAUUCUGGUCUUGCUGGUGUUGAGGAUGCUUAA